AUGAGGUACGAUUGUGACGUCCUUAUUGUUGGUGCCGGUCCUGUUGGCCUCACUCUGGCCCUACUUUUAUCUUCGAAUGGCCAUCAGGUCACUAUCGUGGAACGUCAUGACGCUGUAUAUCCUCUUCCUCGAGCAAUCGCUCUCAGCCACGACAUCCUGAGGAUAUACGAUGGCCUUGGUUUACACGACAUAUUAUUUGAGGAUGCGUUAACAGAUGUUCGCGGAAUAAUUUCCGACAUGGUUGAAUUGCUUGGUGUCAAUGGACAGGUCGUGCGCCGCGCUCCUUUUAACGGGCCAUCCAAGUCUGGCACUAGCAUGGUAGUUAACCUUUACCAACCAGCUCUUGAAGAGGCGUUAGAGAAAGCCUGCCUAAGCAGAGGUGUAUCUGUGGUCCGCUCAACGGAGAUUACCAAUGUGAUUGAUAUGAACAGCCAUGUUCAAGUCUUGGCUGCUGGUCCUGGCGGCGCUCGGAAAUGGUCAUCACUAUAUGUCGUUGGCUGCGAUGGAACAAAUAGUACCGUUCGUCAGUUAGUAGGAAUCCCAUUUAUUGACUGCCCCGGGAGGAAGACGAACUGGCUAGCCGUCGAUGUUAGGCCAAAAUGGGAAAAUGCGGCGGAAGGUUGGAAGGAUUUCUACACCACGAGAACGUACAUGGAUCCCCAGCGGCCACGAGUGUCCGUCUGGGGGCCCAAACACCGAAGGAGGUGGGAGUUUGCGCUGUUUCCACACGAAGAUGCCGAAGUGGCCUCUAAACCGGAGUUCAUAUGGCCCUUAUUGGAGGAAUUCGGCUGUACCCCAGAGAGCGCCAACUUCGAAAGAAGCGCCGUAUAUACGGUGAGAGGGCGGUGGUGCGAGACAUUCUACAAAGGCCGUGUCCUUUUGUCUGGGGAUGCAGCUCAUCAAUCGCCGCAAUUCAUGGGUCAAGGUCUUAAUUCUGGGAUACGAGAUGCCGGCUCUCUUUCCUGGAGACUCGACCUCGCUUUGAGAUAUCCUAAGAGCAACUGGCCUCGCACCUUUCAAGAUUGGAGUGUCGAGCGAUUGGGUGGAGUCAAAGAUUUGAUCAGUGCUUCUGUUGUGAUAGAAAACUUAGUUUCAAUCACUGAUUUGGAGGAAGCAAUAGCUCGUGACAAUAUGCCUGCAGCAUCUCGCCCGCCAAACCCUGAGCAGCUGGGCUCACCUGGAAUGUACAUGUCUCCUUCCGAAGUAGACGCUGCACAUUCUGAUGCCGUGGGAGCGUUGUUCAUUGACGGGGUUAUACGUAUGGGAGACAAGCAAGGUAGACUUUGUGAUCUUUUCGGCACCCUAGGCUGGUUGAUAGUCGAGCCGUCAAGAGAAAGUGAUAGCAAAGACUCUUUGUCUACAGAAACCAGGACGUUAUUUUCCAAGGUUCUCCGUGGGAAAAGCCUCGUUCUUGCAGACGACAAUAUUCAAGAUACGACGGGAACAUUCACUAACUGGUUCCAGGAGCACAACGCGAUGGGUGUCUUAUUGCGGCCGGACCACUAUGUCUAUGGCGUAGCAAAGACUUCUGCGGAUAUGGAAGGCUUGGUACAAAGAGCUAUAGAGCAUGCGGGUCCUUUUGUAGACCUUUGA